GUACUAAUCACCAUUUUAAUUCUUAGAUCCAAAAUGUAUUUUACAUCUAUAAAUAACAUACAUCGUAGUCCAUCUCCAUCACAAACAAUCACAUUCAUCAUUUCAUUUACCAAAAAAAAUUAUAACCUGAAUAUAAUAGAGAUGGGUAGUAGCCUCACGCGCCUACUAGUCUUCCUUUCCAUUUUCGCAGCCAUAGCUCUGAAAUCAAACUCUCAAUACCUUCUUCCGAUCACCAAGCACGAACCCACCAAUCUAUUCUACACCACUUUCAACGUCGGAUCCGCCGCAAAAUCUCCUGUAAACCUCCUCCUCGACCUCGGAACAAACCUCACGUGGCUCGACUGCCGCAAACUUAAAUCUUUAUCAUCUCUCCGCCUAGUCACUUGCCAGAGCUCCACAUGCAAGUCUAUCCCCGGUAAUGGAUGCGCUGGCAAAUCUUGUCUUUACAAGCAACCAAACCCACUCGGACAAAACCCCGUUGUAACCGGCCGUGUCGUCCAAGACAGAGCUUCCCUCUACACCACAGACGGCGGCAAGUUCCUCUCUCAAGUCUCCGUCCGCCACUUCACAUUCUCAUGCGCCGGUGAGAAAGCCCUCCAAGGCCUUCCUCCUCCAGUCGACGGAGUUCUGGCUCUUUCUCCCGGAUCUUCGUCGUUCACGAAACAAGUGACGUCAGCGUUUAACGUCAUCCCUAAAUUCUCUCUCUGCUUGCCUUCUUCCGGUACCGGUCAUUUCUAUAUCGCCGGCAUUCACUACUUUAUCCCACCAUUCAAUAGUAGCGAUAAUCCGAUUCCAAGGACUUUAACUCCCAUUAAAGGCACUGACUCAGGAGAUUAUCUAAUCACUGUAAAAUCUAUCUACGUUGGUGGAACUGCUUUGAAGUUGAACCCUGAUUUGCUAACCGGCGGAGCCAAACUCAGUACGGUGGUUCACUACACCGUACUUCAAACCGAUAUCUACAAUGCUCUUGCUCAGUCUUUUACACUCAAGGCUAAGGCUAUGGGAAUAGCUAAGGUUCCAUCGGUGGCGCCGUUUAAACAUUGUUUUGAUUCACGCACCGCUGGAAAGAAUUUGACGGCGGGGCCUAACGUGCCCGUGAUAGAGAUUGGUCUGCCGGGGAGGAUAGGGGAGGUAAAGUGGGGGUUCUACGGUGCGAAUACGGUGGUGAAAGUGAAGGAAACGGUGAUGUGUUUGGCGUUUAUCGACGGUGGAAAGACACCGAAGGAUUUGAUGGUGAUUGGGACACAUCAGCUUCAAGAUCAUAUGCUCGAGUUCGAUUUCAGCGGGACGGUUCUCGCUUUUAGUGAGUCACUCUUGCUCCAUAACACAAGCUGCUCCACUUGGCCUUCCCAAAAAUAGAAUCAUCAGUCACUCAUGAUAGUAUCACAGUUUUUGGUCUUGUAUGACACGUUUUCAGCGACACAUGUGUUCUAAUCGAAAUUUUAAGAAAUUAUCACCCGUUUCUCAUAAAUAUCGUCUAUGUUAUUUUAUUCAAAUUUGAUAUUCGCUUGUUUUGAUAAAAAAUAUUGUCUGAGGAUUUUGCACAUUAAUAAUUAUCUAAAGUAUUCUGUAUUUCUUAUUAGAAAUUGCAAUUUAGAUUUGAAAUUCAAAAGUUACUACAAAAAAUGUAUUGCAU